GCGCAAUUCCAAUUUCCAGCCACGCAAAAUCGUGGUAGGCAGGCCAUGGCUCAGGCUGUUGCUUUCUCUUCUUCUUCUUUUUCUUCUUCUUCAGCUUUCAUUCAUGGAACUCUUACAAUUAGCCAUGCCCUGAAAGUGAAACCUCCAAAUUUCCGGAGACUUAACAAGUCCUGGUCCUCAGUCUGCAAAGCUUCGUGGCAGGAGCUUGCGGGGGUUCUGGUAUUCUCUGCGAUUCCUUUCACCGCUGUCAAAGCCAUAGCUAACAGCCCACUGGGAGAGUCGCUCCAGAGACGAUUAGAGGAGAGAAAGAAACUUGCUAUAGAGAAUUCUUCCAGGUUCAGAGCAUUGGCUGAGAAUGCCAGGAAAGAAAGCUUGUGGUAUGGAGAAGAGCGUCCUCGCUGGCUUGGUCCAAUUCCAUAUGAUUAUCCUGCAUAUCUUACUGGAGAACUACCUGGAGAUUACGGAUUUGAUGUUGCAGGUCUAGCCAAGGAUCCCAUGGCUUUCCAAAAAUAUUUCAACUUUGAAAUAUUACAUGCUCGUUGGGCCAUGUUGGCAGCCCUUGGUGCUUUGGUUCCAGAAAUGUUAGACCUGUUGGGAGCCUUUCACUUUGUUGAACCUGUAUGGUGGCGAGUUGGUUAUUCGAAACUUAAGGGAGAUACACUCGACUACCUUGGAAUCCCUGGACUCCAUUUAGCAGGAAGCCAAGGAGUGAUUGUUAUAGCUAUUUGCCAGGCCCUGCUGAUGGUUGGACCAGAAUAUGCAAGAUAUUGUGGAAUUGAGGCAUUGGAACCUCUAGGAAUUUACUUACCAGGUGAUAUCAAUUAUCCAGGAGGAGGAGUGUUUGAUCCGUUAAACCUGUCAAAAGACCCUGUGGCUUUUGAGGAGCUAAAAGUGAAAGAGAUAAAAAAUGGGCGGUUAGCGAUGGUUGCUUGGUUGGGUUUUUACAGCCAAGCAGCUUUGACAGGUAAAGGUCCGGUAGAGAACCUGGUUGAGCACAUUUCAGAUCCCCUCCGCAACAACGUAUUUUCCCUACUUAAUUAAUUAUUCCAUUUCCAUCCAAACGAAUGUUGCCUUUUUUUCUUUUUCUUUUUUUCUUUUGUAAAUAACUAUUUAUAUUAUAGAACCCGCAUGUUACCCGUUCUUACUGUAAUUCAAAUUUAAUUUUACAAUGUGGCA